GACCGCCUGGUGAUGACGGUGGAGGCAGACACAGACAGCGCAGGUCAGUUGCUGCUGAGUGUCAGUGAGAGCGGCGGAGCCUCCCGGAGCUGCUGUUUCUCCGCUAAGCUGCUUUUUAAAAGGCGGAAGAACCGAAAAGUCAACCGACGGAGGUUUAGGGUUUAGGUGAGCUGGAGAGACGGCGGCGGCUCCGUGCGAGCGGGCGGUGCUUCGGGUUCCAGCCCUCGGUAACACCGUCUCACAGGCCUGUUGCUAGCUACGGGAAAUCCUCGGGCUAGCCCGGCGGAGUUGGGGCCGACGGAGCGCAGAGGACCCGGACAGGAGUGCUGUCGGCCGGGCUUUGUCGAUCAGGUCUUGCUCGUCUGUCCAGAAACAACCAGACGAAGGCGUAACCUCCCGUGAUCUUUUAAUGGCGGACACAAAACAGCGGAACUGUCGGCGGAGGCUCCCAGCUGGUCGGCUAGCUAACAGCAGCUAGCUCAUGUUUACAGGCUAAUCCAGCCCGAGAGCCGCUGGAGAAGUUGGCUGUGCUGAAUUUUUUUGUGAAUUUGUCCCAGCGGGGAUUUGCGUAUUCUCCUGUCACCACCUGCCAGGUGAGGCGGUGGUGACUUGUCAGGACAGUGUCCAGAUGACGGCCUGCAGAAGAGAGUGUGUUUUGAUGCUGCCAGGAGUCACGGGUUUCACCUGCUCUGCUUAACAUUGUUGAUCACAUCCCAACAAGCUGCACCCUGCUGCGACCCCCUGUAGCUCUACAGAGAUCCUCCUAAAGACACGCCACAAUGAACCGCUACCUGCCGGUGGCUCGGCAGCACUUCCUGGCUGCCCUGGCCAGCACCAGCGUGGUGGUCAAGUCCAUCAGUGCUGUGGUCCUCCUGCUCUACCUGCUGUCGUGGGCGGUCGACACUCCAUACGCCCUGGGUGUGACCCCGGGCUACCUCUUUCCCCCUAACUUCUGGGUGUGGACACUAGUGACCCAGGGGGUGGUGGAGCAGCACGUGUGGGGCGUGGCGGCCAACGUGGGCACGGUUAUGGCCUGCGGGCGCCUGCUAGAACCUCUGUGGGGCGCUCUCGAGCUCCUCAUCUUCUUUGCAGUGGUUAAUGUGUCCGCAGGCCUCCUGGCUGGCCUCUCCUACCUCCUCACCUAUGUGGCCACCUUCGACCUGGACUUCCUGUUCGCUGUGCGUGUCCACGGAGCCGCCGGCUUCCUGGGAGGGGUCCUGGUGGCGCUGAAGCAGACCAUGGGGGACACCACAGUGCUCAGAGUGCCACAGGUGAGACUAAAAGCGGCGCCGGCUCUGGUCCUCCUCCUGUUGGCCUUACUGCGUCUGUCUGGGCUGCUGGAGAGCGCCGCCCCUCUGGCCGCCUACAGCUAUGGCGCCCUGUCCGGCUGGGUCUACCUGCGCUUCUACCAGCGGCACAGCCGGGGCCGCGGCGACAUGUCGGACCACUUCGCCUUCGCCAGCUUCUUCCCCGAGGCUCUGCAGCCGGCCGUGGGGCUGCUGGCCGGCCUGGUUCACUCUGCCCUCGUGAAGAUGAAGGUGUGCAGGAAGAUGGUGAAAAGGUACGAUGUUGGCGCACCCUCCUCCAUCACCAUCAGCCUGCCAGGGACCGAUCCACAGGACGCAGAGAGGAGGAGACAACUGGCCCUCAAGGCGCUGAACGAGCGUCUGAAACGCGUGGAGGACCAGUCGGCCUGGCCCAGCAUGGACGACGAGGAAGACGACGACGACGACGAAGUCAGGACGGACACUCAGCCGCUGCUCCCCGGGGGCCGGGACCCGUCCUCCUCCUCCUCCUCCUCCACGGCGAAGCCAGCGGGAGGGGCCGCAAGCGCCUCCCUUUCCUCCACCUCCUCGUCCUCGGUGUCGCAGAGCGGCGGAGCGCCCUCCUCGGGAGGAGCGCAGCACCCCGAGUCCAGCAUCAUCAGCUUCGAGGACGCGCCGUCUCGAUCGUAACACAGAAAACACACGUGUACAGAAGCAUACUAGUGUGUUAAGUGUCACUGGCUAGUAUACUAAUAUAUUCAGUGGCAGUGAUUGGCAUACACUUGUUAUCACUUACGGGGACACACGCGAACACAAACGACAUCUUCGACCAGUUCAUACACAGCAGUGCACUCACACACUCUUACUAUCAGUCUCAUGAUGAAGCCCACAGGGGUAGAAACUGUUUUAUCUCUAACGGGCUCAGUGCUUUCAGUUCAAUCUUCUUGGUUGUAAAAGCUCGGUGUAGUUGGACAUCACGGACACUUCAGUCUUCUUCUCCUUCUCAUGUACAACCGAAAGUCAACCAGAAAUCCUGUCUCGUCCGGGCUUAACCUCAGUGUACCAACUUACAGAUUUCUGUCCGCUGCUUCAUGUGUCUCUCUCUCUCUCUCUCUCUCUCUCACUCUAAAUAAAUGACAAAAUGGGUGUACGAUAUUCUUUUUGUAAAUCUUUUCAGGCUCAGCCAUAAACGUCUCCUGAUUGCCUGCCAUGAAAGAGACUCCCAUGUAGUUCUUGUCCCGAGCGUUCUCGAUCCACCAAACUCACAGAAAAAUGAAAGGCCAACGUCGAAGCGCUCGGGGUUUGGUUCUGAAUCAGAGCGAAGCGCGGUGCAGAGAGAGGGGAGGCUGCGAGCGAGAUUAGCAUUUGGCUCAGUGGUUCUGAAUAAGUGACCGUGUGUGUAACUGAGCGAGUAUGAAAGCGCCCUCACAGAACCGAGUGCCGGGCUCGAGGACAGAAGCUGGUGUCCGUCUGUCCGGCCUCCCACAUCUAAUAGACUGAGAGACACAACUUGACGAUUUGACCGAGUGCAAAAGUGGCGGAAAGAAGAUGCUGGACCGGCUCCGGUUGUACUCGACCAGAUUUGCUUGCCGCCUGUUGUUAUGAACGGUCUUAAACCAGGCAGAGAAAUGGUUCCUGUACCCGGUGAUUUUUUUUUUUUUCCUUUUUUUUUUUUUUUAUCUCCACAUUAUUGUUCAGUGGAGAACAUGGUUGUCAAGAACAAGAUGUUCUACUUUCUUUUUUCUCCUGCUCUGUCUCCAUCACUGAACAGAGAAAAACAACUCUCUGGGUGUUGGUAUAAGUGUUGAGUGCACUAACGUUUCCAUUAGGACUGUGUUCCUGUGUUACACUCUCACAGAUCUAUGGGGGAUGAUGAUGAUGAUGAUGUUGAUGAUAGUGGUGGUGAUGGUGGGUUUUUUUCUUUUCUUGUUUCAUAAGUGCUGACUUUUUUUUUGUUUUAAGAAGGGUAUUUCGGAGAUGAAUCCCAAGGCUAAUGCUGCAGCCUUAUCCUGCUUGCUUGUUCACUUCCCCCUAACAGGAAAUGGACUAAUGUGAGAAGCAGAAAUAGCUAUUAAAUUAUGUGAAUGUUUGUACUGAAAAAUAAUAGCAGAGAGCCCCAAACACCAGUGCAAGCUGUUGGCUGCUCACUCUAUGGUGAAGAAUAGAAAAUAAUGUUGGACAUACACAGUCUCCAUCUAGGUAUUUGCAGGAUCAAAAGAUCAGAAAUGCAGUUGAAUAGAUGAGGUGCAGAUCAGGUGGGUUCGAUGUAACCUGGCGAGUGUUGGCGCAUUUCACACGCCGACUGCAGCCUGAGGAGAAAUCAUUCUACAGAGACGAUGCCUUUUGAAGUAUCAUAAAUCAAUUGGUUCAGGCUUCCCAGUCGAAUGCUUUGCACUUGCAGCGUCUUUUGUUCCAUUUGAGAAAUCGUAGUUGUAACCGAGGGGUGAUCGGGUCGUGUUUAAUAAGGAGGGUUUUGGAGAUGCAAAUAGUUUUUACUUUUGAUUUUCUGUUAAUUCUGUGCCGAGCAGAAAGUCACUGCUUCACCCAUCGAGGUUUGGCAGUCUGUCAUGUAAAAUCGCUGAAUUCUUAUUUCCAACCGUUCAUUGUUUGUCGAAAGCCAUUUCUGGUGUUGUAAUCACAGUGGGGGAGCGAACUAACAAGAUUAUUUCACUUAUAACUGCCGCCAAAUAAGCUGAUUAAAGAUGGAAGACGGAUACAACUUCAGCAAGCUUCUCCAAAUAUUAACAUUUUGAACAAAUUCACUUUGGUUACACUUGUUGAACAAGCGGGCUAAAACGCAUAAUUUGACGUUUGAAGGAGGCAUGUCGCCCUGUUUCAUCAUCCCUUUAAAUCCCCCUCCCGCUGUGAGAAUCUGUCUGGAAAAAGGCAGCCUGGUUAAACUAGUUGCCAUUUGAACACGAGCUGUUGUGACUGUGCGGGCAGACACGGCCUUGAAUUCACAAAGCAUCUCAAGAGGCUCAAAAACGCUGCGGUUUCUGCUUUGAUCUGCUCUGACCAUGAUUUUUCAUUACAUAAACAGUAACAGAGUCCCUGUGCAAGUCUGGAGAUGCUUGGAAAAUGAAUUUGAUCUUGUCUGUUGUUUUGAAAAGCUUGGGAACUGAACAAAACGUUUGGAUAAGCGUGGAAAUCAGUUUUAUCAGCCGCAGUGUAUAUUAACUACACAUUUGACACAAGUGUGCAUCCUUUGUGAUUUUGCAUAAUGAGAUUAUCUCUUACCGUGAAGAAUAAUCUCCCCCACUGUACGCUUUAAAACAAAAUUCUUCAAAUCAUAAUCCAGAAUUUUAAGGGUUAUUCAAGUAAUUUGUGACCUUUAUCGCCCUUUAUCUCUUACCUGUUAAUUAAUAGACUCACAGUAAUAAGAGCAGAUUUCCAGCAGAAAUGUCUUACCUGAAAUGAGGUAGUGUAUCAUAAUACAGAAUACUGUAAUAAUGAUAAUGCUGUUGAAUUUUAUUUAUAUUUUUAUUUAACCAGUCAGGUCUAAACAGCUUGAACAGAUUUUUUUUUUUACUUUCGGGGUGGGAGUGUCUGCAAAUUCCAAUAGGCAUGUAAUUUUUGUUCCAAAACAGAGAACAGACUGGAAACUGUGUUAAAAAGCCAGAAAUCUCUGCAUCUGGUAAAGAAUUUGUUGAGUCACUGGUGGUUAUUGACCACUCUAUCAGCUCCCUGCAGAUGAUAAUGUGGCUAUUUGAUGAUUAAAGGCAGUGACAAUCUUUUAGUAGAACCCCUUUAACCCUUUCAAAUGGAAAAAAAUGGAUAGAGGUGCCAGUAAAUGUUCAACAUUGAUUCUUGAUCUGCAGUUUUUUUUUUUUUUUUUUUUUUUCUGAGAAAAUGUGGAAACAGGCUCAGUCCAAAUGUCUGGAGUUUUACACACUGAGCGCUCCUCCACCGGCCUGACAGAUUUCAUAGUCCAGCACUCGGUGGAAAAGCAAAGAGGAGAUGCUUGUCAUAUCCAGUCAGCGCUGGGUUUAUUGCUCUCUGGCAAAUAUUGGGCACAGAUUGUGCUAUGUGAUGUGUAAAAGCAGGAACAUGAUCCUGCACAUUGUCCCGGCCUCGUAAGCCAUCACCGAAUAUGCUUUUAGAAAUACACGCAUCCUGCCUGUGAGAUUCAAACACGAUGACGCCUCCCGAGUUGACAUUCAAACACAAAACGGCUUAUUUUCAAUCUACACGUCAUCCUCUUCAGUUUCCAUCCCAUUCUCUGUAAUAAUUUAAUCCGGCAGCUCGUGCUCCCUGGGGAAAAGUCACUAUAACAGAGGAAAAAUGUCUCCAUCGUUCUUGUCUCGAGGUGCAACUGAGAUUUGUAGCUGUUGAGUGUGAACACUGAGACUGUUUUCACCUUGUGGAAAGUGUGUCAGAUAUGGGAAAUGAUAGCCAUAUUAAUGAAACGGUGUCUGCUGUGUGUGUCCUAACCUGUCCUCGCGCUCCUUCUUCACUCCGCUCAUUUCUUUGUGCUGUUGUUGGGCAAGCAGAGGUCUUAUGUGGAUGAGUGGGCCCGUUCUGGAUCUCUGGAAUGGGUUUCAAACUAUUCUGCGCAGUUAAAAAAAACAAAAAACAAAAAAAGUUCUUGUAAAAUCCACCUUGUAAGCCCAGACAGCUGGCGUGUAGUCAGAUAUCUGAAAUCUCAAACUGCGUACUACAAUGAACGAGUUCAUUUUAGAAAUAGGACGUAGCAAAACCUGUCUGUGUGUAUGUGCAUGUAAAUAAUGCUCUGCAACAGCAAUGUAAUAGCAGCUGUGUGGUGCAUCAUGCAAGUUGAAUGUUUUUACGUGCCAUGCUGUUGCAAUAGCACGGGAACAGCAUGACAUUUCACUUGAUUUCCAUUGAAAUUUGAGCUGUUUAAUGUCAAGCUUGGCUGCUGGCCCAAGUCGGCUUGCAUUGUGCAUUUAGGUCAGCUGUGCGGCAAAAAAAACAAACAAACAAACAAAAAAAAAAACAGAGCUGUGACAUAGACAUACAAAUAUUGUUCUUGGACAUUUCGUCUGUCUGGGUGAAGUUGUGGAAUUUGAUCGGUAGAAAUGCACAGGAACAUCGUAGUAGGCGGUGUGAGGUUUCAGAUUUACAGCCCGGCCUGUCUGUCUCUCUGCGUCUGCCCUCCAUCACGGCUGUCCUCGCUCGGCUCUCCUUGCUGUCUCCUGUCUGUCAAAGAAAAGAAAGAAAUGCACUCUUUACAAAAAAAAAAAAACCUCACUGUAUUUAUUUUGAAUUAAUGCCAAUGUAUUGUUCAUGUUCAUGUGGACAAACUAGAAAAGCUGCAGGCACGGAUAAUGAAUGAUGUCAGUGCAAUGCUGUUGGGGGGGGGCAACAGUUAUAAUUAUUAUAAUACUGCAGUGGCCUAAAGCUACAGGGGCCAAACUGUUUUAGUCAGUGGAUAAGCUCAGAUCAGUCAAAUCUGCAUACGCAAUUCAUACCUGUGUUUACCUGUGAGCCAAUAACUGGUCAUUAUUUAGGAUUCACCGCAGGGCAGGGAGCCAACGUGCUAGUGGUUUCACCGUUUGUUUUUUUGUUUUUCCUGCUGAUUUGAUUGUUAGUUAGUCGCUAGAUGUGCAAGUGAGCAUCCACUUUGAAGGUAAAAGUUUACCUUAAAAAACCCGUCUGGUUAAUAGACUGUGUAGGAGAAGCACCGGCUGUGCAGAGAGUUGGUUUCCUGGCUUGAUGAUGAAUGAUGGGUAACAGAUGAUAACUGCUCUGUUCUUCCUGUUGGCAAACGUGGCAAUUCAUUUUUUUUAAAAAUAGUUUUCACUACUAUUUCUCCUCUUUCCCUCCUUUUGCACCAACAAAUCUUGUUCACACUAAUGAGUCUUUUUCUCUCUGUACUGUGGCUGUUGCACAGACUCUUCUGUUUUAGUUUUCAGAUAUAUUUCUUUAUCUCUAUGAAAUAAAAAAUGAUUGUAUGAAA